AGGUCUUUACUACUGUGCUGACUCACCCAAAAUGUCCAUAGAAGAAUAAUGGAAGCCCCUGAAUACCUUGAUUUGGAUGAAAUAGAUUUUAGUGAUGAUAUAUCGUAUUCUGUAACUUCUCUCAAGACCAUCCCAGAAUUAUGUAGAAGGUGUGAUUCACAAAAUGAAGACAGAUCAGUUUCCAGCAGCAGCUGGAACUGUGGAGUCUCAACUCUUAUCGGAAAUGCACAGAAACCAACAGGAAUUGCAGAUGUGUGCAAUAAUAAAUUCAGACCAGUGAAGAGAGUUUCCCCGUUAAAGCACCAGCCAGAAAGCUCUGAGAACAAUGAAAGUGAUGACCAGAAGAACGAGAAGGGAGAAUACCUGAAAGGCAUUGAUUCUCAAUCUGCACCUCCAAGUGAUGACCAGAGCCCAGGAGGAGAGAGCCUUAAAAGCAAAAACAUUGAGCCUUCCGUUCUCCUUGGGGAGCUGGAGCACUAUGACCUGGAUAUGGAUGAAAUUUUGGAUGUGCCUUAUAUUAAAUCAAGCCAGCAACUUGUUCCUUUUGCAAAGAUAGCUUCUGAGAAAAAACUUCUGGGUGUAUGUUCAACAGUGAAUGGUCUUAGUAGCAAGACUUGCUCUGCAGGGAACACAGAAAGUUCGCCUGCCAGUGGGACACAAUUCUGUGUACUGUCUCCUGUGAGAGGCUCUCAGCUGAGAAAAACGCAGCCCAUUGUUCUUGAUCAGCACAAGCAUUUAACAGAUGAAUUAGAGCCUUCCCAGCCUUUAGUUAAGUGUAGUUCAGUCCAUGAAUCUGAAGCCCAAGGCAAGGGCUACCUCAGCAGGACAUUUGUUAAUCCUCAUGCUCACAAAACUGAGAAGACUAUGCCAAACUGCCCCCUGAGGACUUUUCACCUGCAGACAGCAGUGGCAGAAAGCAAGCAGCUAGAGGAACUGACUAUGAACUGGAGCAGUGCAGGAGGCCCAGAAGAGAGGAAUGAAGAGAUGAAAAAAAUUAAGAGCAUCCUAAACAUUGUAAAGGAAGGUCAAAUAUCUUUACUGCCACAUUUAGCAGCAGAUAAUCUGGAUAAGAUCCAUGAUGAGUGUGACAACAAUCUGUUACAUGUAGCAGCAUCAAAGGGGCAUGCAGAAUGCCUGCAGCAUCUCACUUCUUUGAUGGGUGAAGACUGUUUGAAUGAAAGAAACAUUGAGCAGCUAACUCCAGCUGGGUUAGCAAUAAAGAAUGGUCAGCUGGAGUGUGUUCGGUGGAUGGUGAGUGAAACAGAAGCUAUUGCAGAAUUAAGUUGCUCGAAAGACCACCCGAGCCUGAUUCAUUAUGCAGGUUGCUAUGGCCAGGUAUGGCUUUCAUUUACUUUUUCAAAUACAUUAUUUAGAUUAUCAUCCAAAAAUUUCAAUUUAAACCAUCUUUAUAAUCUUGCAGCCUUUAAUUACAGGUGUUCUUAA